AUGUCUGGAAAGCGAGAGGAUAUUUUGGCUUCGGCCGUCAAGUUCCUGCAGGAUCCAAAUGUACAGGCUUCAUCGCUUGGCAAGAAGGUUGCCUUCCUCGAGUCCAAGGGUCUGACCUCGGAGGAGAUCGAGGAGGCCAUGCAGAGAGCCAACGGCACUACCCCUGCAGCAGCAGCAGCAGUAUCACAAGCCCUCGUCCCAGGACAACCACAACAACAGCAGAUGAUGCCUUACCCUGGACAGCAGGUUAUGAUGGCCCCUCCACCCCUGCCUCCCAAGUAUGACUGGAAGGACAUGUUUAUCGCCGCAGUGGUUGCAGGAGGAUUCAGUUAUGGAAUGUGGCAGGUCGCCAAGAAGGUCGUCGGACCCAAGUUGCAAUGGCCCUCGCAAGAGGAUCUCGAGACGGACAAGAAGAAACUCGACGAGCAGUUUGACGAGAUCGAGAAGAGCCUCGCCGAGGUCAAGGACAGCACCACCACCGUUGCCAAGAAUGUUGAGGAACAGACUGCCAACGUCAAGGGGUCCCUCGAGGGUAUGGGUGGUGUCCUGGACGGCAUGAAGAUUAACGAUGAGAAGCGGGAGCAAGAGUUGUCUGGACUCAAGACUGACAUUGAGAACAUCAAAACCAUGAUCCCCAAGUUGAUGGAGAAGAACAAGGAGUCUCAGGCAAAUGUGCUGAACGAGCUUCAGUCAGAGAUCAAGUCGCUAAAGAGUUUGUUGUUAAACCGUCGUGCUCCCGGUUCCGGUGCUCCUGGCUCGCCUGUUGUUGGUGCUGGUGCCGGAUCUGCUUCUGCUCCUUGGAACGCCGCCUAUGCUUCGUCCCAGGCUGGAUCUAAUGUCUCGACUCCCAAGGCUACUGAGGAGGGCGGCGUCGCUGCCGCUGGAGCAAUGGGCUUUUUGAACAACAAGGCCUCGAUCCCUGCAUGGCAGCUGGCUGCCCAGAAGCCUACUGUUACCCCUGCUGCUGAUACUACUAGCUCUACCCCUGCCGCCGAGGGAUCUGAUGCUACCGCUUAA